GAGUGAGGGCGGCCGUUACCCUGAUGUUCUUCAAUAACUAUUAGACGUAUUAUCAUAAUAUACAGUAACACAUACAGCAGUUCAGAACAUCAUCAGUGCAGAAAAAUCUAUAUCAAGGGAAGUGUUACUGGUAUUACCCCCAACAUCCAUAGACAAAGAGUUUACAAUAUUACUUCGUUGAGAAAAUCAUUUAUUGUAAAACUUUGACACAGGUUAAUGAAAAUUCAGACUGCGUAAUAACUGUCCAAAGUGUACAUUGCAAAAAAGUAGAAAAAAAUAACUUUCUAAGAUAAAUGUGACGAUAGAAAACUGGUGGAUAUUAAUUAUAUGUAUGUGUGAGGAAAAUAAUAACUGCUAUAGUCGAGCAAUGUGAAAUUUGGUAAUAAGAACAAAAAAACAAAAACAGACUCUGGUCCAUGUGAAUAUUGUGAAUGAUCGAUCACUUAAGUUAGAAGACCCUUAGUCCUUGUGAAUAGACGAUAACUACUAGAAACACAAACCCAACUCCAUGUGAAUUCUGAGAAGCUAAUUGAAAAAAAACAAAAUCCCAAUAUUCGUCAACAAUGGAGGAAUAAGUACAGACCCCUAUUCCUGAUGUAUAUUAUAUGAUCAUCUAAGGAAUAGGUCCCCGCCAUUUUGAUUUUUGAGAAACCCAUUAAGGUAUAGAUUCCAAUCCGGUGAAAGUUAAGAUAUCGUUAAGAAUCCAUCCUUUUGAUUGUAUAGAAAACGCGAGAGAAUAAAAGAUUCCUAGUUCUUGAAAAAAGUGGAGUGAUCGUUGGAAAAAAAGAAGGAGAAACCCUAGUCCCUGUGGGUCUUGUAAAACCAGUCACCAGUUGGAUAAAACUCAGUCCCUGUGGAAAUAAGGAAAAUAAGACUUAGGUAUUGAGAGUCAUAAAGGCAGCCAAGCAGCAUCGUCGUCAUGGACCCAGCAAAGAUUCUACAGAUCAUUACCAACAGCACUUGGAUGGUGACCAAGUUGGUAGGGAGCGGCCCGGUGGAGUUCACGCAGCAGGAAUACGUGACUCAGGUGCUGGAGAACACCGCCCCACGACCCCUGCUUCAGCUCUCCGUCAGGCUUCAUGCUCAAGGCGAGACUGUGAGGUUCAGGAUCAAGGGAGGGAACGAGGCAGGGCUGUUCUCCCUCAGUCCUACUACAGGCCGCCUCUCCCUCCUCCGUCCACUAGACUACGAGAAUCAGAAACAGGCAGAGAAAAUGCCAGAUUAA